UUUUCUUUUCAUGGACUUCAGUAGUCAUCUGUUUAAGCCUUUCGUGCUGAUUGUUUCAGUUCAUACAUUGUUUUUGUGCAGUUAUUUGAGAUAUUUAGCAUGUCAACACUGCACUAAAGUUUUUUCACUUAAUAUCGUUUGAUAGUUAAAGUUUGUUCUUAUGUGUUCUAUUCGCAUGAGCGUGAGAUCUGUAUUUAUAGUUAAAGCUUGCUAUCCAACUUCAUUAAUUGAUUACCAAUGGUUAUCAUUUCCCUCAUCUCUUUUAUUUUUGUUGUAGGCUUCUUUUUUUCAUUUUUUUUUGUAAAACUGCCUGGUAGAAUGAACAUCUUCAUUGAAUGGAUAGAUAUUUUUUUUAUCUAAGUUUAUGUGAAAUAUUUAAAGUUUGUUAAGGUGCAAGAUUUCUUUCACUUUGGACAAUUUGUCUUGCGACAGUUCGUAUUUGCUUUUACAAUAAUCGAUUAGGUGGGUAGUUAGUAGAACUUGCAAAACAUAGUUAUUGAUAAUAUAUUUACCUUGUCGUUUCUGCUUAAUGAAAGGAAAAUUUCAAAUAAGCUACACAAAUAUUACUUCCAUUAUCCAUAACCUUUGCCAUCUAUUGACUUUAGCACAAAGCACUUGCUUGUAAAUCAUAAAAUUCUUUCUUUGAUGUUGGAAUCGAUUAUUGCUGCUUCCUGGUAUUUGCAGAGACCCAAUUUCAAUUCAAGAAGACAAAGAAAGUUUUAUGCUAAACAAGAGUUGCUGAGGAAUGCUAAUGCCUUCACAGAAAACCUUUUCCAGGGGUGGCGUGAUUUUGAUGAAUUCGACCCAUCUUCAAGUCAUGGAAGCUCCUCGUUUAAAGGUUUCAAUAUGUCUGGGGGUUUCAAUGGGAACAGAGCUAGCAAGGGGCCUCGGGCUACAGGCCGCAGAAAAGGAUACCAGUUCCAUGAAGAUGUUGAAGAAGUAGAAACGAUUUUCCGCUCUGCAUUUGGUGGAAAUGGGUUCUACUUUUGGUCCUUCAUAAAUGAUGAACCACCGAGGAGCUCAUCAGGCUUCCAUAGUAAUCAUCGGACCUCACGGAGUUGGAGACACCGGUUGGAAGAUGAAGAUGAAGAUGAAGAUGAAUUCUCAUCUGAGUCAGACAGAGUCGAAACUAAUUUAACAAAAGAUAGGAUGACCCUUGGUUUAAGUGGUUCUGGCCCUUUAAGCCUUGACGAUGUUAAAAAUGCAUACCGAGUAUGCGCGCUUAAAUGGCAUCCAGAUCGUCAUGAGGGUUCUUCCAAGGCUAUUGCUGAGGAGAAAUUCAAGGUCUGCAGCGCUGCAUAUCAAUCUUUGUGCGAUAAGCUGGCUCUGAAUUAAGAAAAACAUGCUGUAUGAUUGAUUUAAUGUUAUUAUGUUUGGUUUUUGGAUCAUCGCUAAAUAUGAGAGUCGCAUAACGUAACAUGAGGUUCAGCAGCGGAUGAUGGUCGUGUCGGUUUUAAGGUCAAAAUGUGGUAGCAAGCAGCAUUGAAAGGUGGUAGAUGCAUUAGAUUUUGUUAUUGUAAGUUAUUAUUAAGUUGUUUCUGAACCAUUAAAUGACAUGAUCUCUUUGCCACAAUUAAGACUGGUACAUGCAAUAAAAAGGAUACUAUUUAUUC